AUGCCGCCUCAAUACCUCCCAGGACUCACAAAAAGGGCAUGCGCCUAUCAUCUUACUGACAAGGAAGGUAAAUUGUACGACUCAGACGGUAAUGUCUGUGAAGCUUUGAGCGCGGAUGACAGGCUAUUCCUAGCGAUUGCUAUGUCUUUGUGCGGUCUUGUCUUGAUGAUCUUGGGCGGAAUCUACUUGCGCCGUCUGUACAAGGCUCGAGCAAGGGACAGAGCUUCUCAACUUGCAGUGGAACCGAGAACCUCAAGUAUGGGUACUCCUUUGAUGCGACAUGCUGGAUCUUUCGCAUCAAUAUCGAGACAAACAUCACGAAUUCCCGUGUCGCCCAUGUCUUCUUCUUCAUCUUCAUUUCACCAGAACGAAUCAAUGUACUCUGGUCCCCCUUCGCCCGGGUCGCCUUACUCUCCCAACCCAGAAAAUUUUCACUUUCCUAUCCUUUCAGCGGAUGGUCACCUUCUGCCCCCACCUCCUGCUUCUUCUCGACAAUCAUUCAUUGAGCCCACUCCAAGCGAGAGACCUCUACCGCUAGCUCCAGCCGUUCCUGCCGUUCCCUUGUAUGCUCCCGUACCCAAAAGUUCCCAACAAUGGAGUUACAGGUCACCUUCAGAAGACUCUCACGGUCAUCCGACGGGUCUUUAUUCCGGCGUUGAAAUACGAGGCGAUGGCUCGAUAGAGAUUAUGCGCGACGACUAUAGCAUUGACAGUGCGAAUAUCAGAUCUUCACCAACAAUCUCUCGAGUGGAUCAAUCUUUCAAUGGCUACGCUCCGCAUAGAGCAACUUAUCAUCGAACGCUCUCUGCGGAAGGAGAUGAUAUUUCAAUGUACGACUACGUGUCUGACGAAAGUCAUCGAAAAUACUAG